CCUCAUCCAUCAUGAGUCCAUAUGUUCAUAUUCACAUUACUAUAUCAAUAAAAUGGCACCCAUCUUCAACAUCAUGGUUGCGGAAGUUGCGAGCCGGUGGUUGGAAAUUCCCAAGAAAUUCCACACCUCGUUGCAAGAAGUCGGAGGAUUCAUGCGGCUAGGAGACCUGAGGAAUCAGAAUCGAUCAACUUGGUUCAAGGCACUUUGAUCGAUAAGAUAUAUCUUCCUCCAAGCCUCCAAGCCUCCAAGCCUCCAAGCCUCAACAAUCCCUGUGUCUGCAAUUGACUAGUAGUGAUCACUGACUGUAGCACGGCGGUCCAUGGAAGGACAAGUUGAAGUAUGCGGCUCGGAAGUCGAAGAUCGCGGGAUAUACAUGUCAUUGCCACACGACGCACAGUCGUGUUACAACCUCAUCUGGCGCAUGAAUAAGAAUUUGGAACGAGAGCUCGAAAAAGUUGGUCCAAGAGGAAGGGAGGGUUACGACAAGGACCUUCAGAGAUGGAAAGCGGAAGCACAUGAUCUCGGCAACUGCAAACCUCGGACUCGAAAGCUUGCCUUUAUCGGUAGGACAGGAGCUGGCAAAAGCACAGCUAUCAAUGCCAUAUUGGGUGCUCCAGUGUUAUCAACGCGAGCAGACGGGUCAGCUUAUUCACUGAUACUUGCCUUAUUUAUUCUGACCCUUUUGGCACGCUGCGCGUCUAGCGCGUGCACGUCUGUUCAGACUGAAAUAAUCUACGAAGAUUUGCUCCCUUCAACUUGGAGAGCAAGCGUUAACUUCAUCGAAAAAGACGAGUGGAAAAAGACUCUGCAAAAUCUUCUAGAUGAUAUCACUGCUGUCUGUGAAGGUGGUGCUUUGAAGAUCGAACGUGACGAUUUCAGGCCUGCGUUGGAUGCAUGGGACAUCCUAAAAGAGGAAUGUUCUUUCUAUGUUACUGUGCGGGCUAUGCUAAUGUCGUUGUCGGUACAGGUUUAUCCUCACCUUCGUGCAUUAUCAUUCCCCCCGCCCCAUCAAGACGUAUAUGCACUCCUGCAACACGAACCCGUGGCGUCCAUGUUUGGUACCACCAUUCAGAUGACAGGCACAGGCUUUGAUAGCCUGGAAUUGCAGGAAAGUCAGCAAUGGAUAUUUCGAGAACAACCGUCGGAACAAUCUGUCUGGCAUCUGGUAGACAGUGUUCGCAUUUACGGAGCGUUUGAAGUGCUCGCAUCCGGUGCUGUCACACUCGUCGACGUCCCUGGUUUCGGGGAUGCCAAUAAAACAAGAACGAAGCGUACUAAAGAAUACCUCAAAAAUGUUGAGGUAGUAAUUUUAGUUGCAGACAUCAAGCGUGCGGCUGAUGACCAGGCCAUGCACAACUACUUCGAAAAAUUCUUGCAUCAAAUGAUCGCAAUAGACGGCCGCGUAGAAUCGCUGUUGAUCGUGCUAACCGGAGCGGACGUACGAAUCAACGAGGACCAGCUACAUCAUCUCUGUUCAAACCAACGCCAGAUAAUCCAGAAAAUGCGUCAGGAGAUCGUCCAUCUCAGCGAAAGCCUGGAUGAGCAAGAGAAACGAUUGGACAGGCUCUUUCUCAACUUCUACAUGGCUCCGAAUGAUGGUCCCGAGUUCGCGGGACUGUCGGAGCGCCUACGCUCGACCAGAGAGAUGAAGGACCAGACAACUAGUCAACUGCAAUUGGCAAAAGCUGCCAAAGACACAUACAUUGCACACCAACGAUCUGCUCGGGCACGAAGUGUCUUUCUGGAGCUCUAUCGUCAAGUGUACUGUAGUAUUAAGCAGGAUUCUGUCAGUCGACCCCCUUCGCUACCGAUUUUUUGCAUUGGAAGCAUGGACUACACCCAACUUUUACUGACGGAUAGACGAUACCGAGCUCCGGUGGUUUUUACUGAUCUCGAAGAUACUGGUAUUCCGCAAUUGUGUCGUCAUAUUCAUGAUUUUGGUUCCGAGAAAGCGAUCUCAGACAUCGAUGCCCACGCGCACAGGUCAACAUUACUGUGGGAAUCAAUUGAGAGCUACUUUCUUUCUUCACGGCGAGAUUCGAGGCUCACAGCCUAUGAGGAUGCAGCAAGAAACCUGGUGGAAGCUCUCAAGGAUACUGUCGACGAGAUACGCAAAACUUCAGGAGCAAAGAUCGACAACAACGUGAAUGAACUGGAACAAGCUCUUCGAAUUGAAGCCGAAAGGGCAGCUGAGCGCAGUCUGAACACCAUCAAGAUGCUCGGAGAGAAUCAUCAAUGGCGCAGCUACCGUUCUCUCAUGCGCCGAGAGGGUGAAUGGCGAUCGACAGAUCUUAACGAGGACCUCGUCCACGGAAUGUUAGAAGGCAAUGCAUCAAGUAUGUGGCACAAGUUAUUCAACGAUUUCAUAAGAACAGAGCUCCAUUCGCUCGUCGUGGAUAUCUCGAAUAUUUGCAACGACACAAUUCGAUCUAUCAAGAACCGAGCCCAACGAACGACAGCAAUUGCACCACACAUCGACAAUGCAUGUAACUUUAUACAUCCAUUUGAUACCAUCUAUCCUGCGCGAGACCAGUACUUGGAGUUUUGCGGUUCGUUCAAGGGACUUCUCCGCGCUGCGCUGGAGGAGCACUAUCACAUCGUUGGAAGGGAAUCUGGCAUAGGAAUGUUUCAACGAAUGAAGGCCCAGGAUCUGAAUGAGGAACAAUUUAGUCCAAUGAAGGCCCGAGAAUUAUAUACUGGACUCGUCGAUCGAGUCAUGACGGCCGUCCGAAUGGCAAGGAAUAAGGGGGAAACAGCACUCGAUGAAGCACUCGCCCGUUUGUACGCAAUCAUCGACCGUUCUCUUGUCUGUGUGCAGGGAGAUGAUCAAGUAUGCAAGGUUACACGGAGGAAUAUGCAGAAAUUCCUCGACGAACAAUAUAGUACCCCACUGGGAGAAGUGGCGAUGAUCAUGGACAGGUAUAAAGAACGCAACGCAGCACCAAGAUAG